AUGUCGGCGCCGCCGUUCGGCAAGAGGGACAGCUCAGCUGCUGAUGUGUCGGCGUUCUUCAAGUACUGGCAGUCGUUCGUGAGCUUGCGCGACUUUUCGUGGAAGGAUCAGUACAAUCGGGCCGAAGCUCCCAAUCGACGGGUGCGGCGGCUUAUGGAGGAAGAAAACGCGAAGCUUCGGCGGAAGGCGAAGCGCGAGUUCAACGAGGCGGUUCGCCAGCUGGCGGCGUUCGUGAAGAAGCGCGACCCGCGCGUGAAGGAGCAGCAGGCGGAGGCGCGGCGCGUGGCGGCGGAGCGCGAGGCGGAGGCGAAGCGGCGGAGGGAGGAGGAGCGGAGAGAGAAGGCGCGGCGCGCGCAGGAGUAUGAAGACCCGGAGUGGGCGCGGGGAGACGGGGAAGGGGAGGAUGAGGAGGAGGACGAGGAUGAGGAGGGGAAUGGAGUGGAGGGGCGUGGAGAGGGGACGGGGAGGCGGAAGGGGCGGAAGGCGGGGAGGGUGGAGGAGGAGGACGACGAUUGGUUUGAGGAGACUAAGAAAGGGGGGCGGAAGGGGAAAGGGAAAGGAAAGGGAGGAGGGGGGGCAGGGGCAGGGACAGAUGGAUCCGUAACCGUGGCAAACGGGCAGGGCGACGGGCUGGGCUCGGAGAGAGGCGGAGGCAAGAAGAAAAAGAAGAAGGGCAGGCAGGGGGACGCACACACGGGGGGAUGCAGCGCGCAAAAGGGGGUGCGGGGGCAUGGGGCUGGGGAAGGGGAGGCGGAACUAGGUGAGGCAGGGAUGAAUGGGGAGGGUGCGGUGGGGAUGGGUGAGGCGGGGUUGGACGAGGCGUACUGCGUGGUGUGCAGCAAGGCGUUCAGGAGCGCGCAGCAGCUGGGGAACCACGAGCGCAGCAAGAAGCACCUGGCGCGCCUUGCGCAGCUCAGGGCGGAACUGCUGGCGGACGAGCUGGCGGGGGAGGAGGGAGAGGAGGUGGAGGAGAUGGAGAUGGCUGAGGGGAAGGUUGGAGAUGGGGAUGGGGAUGGGGAAGCGGUUGGUAGGACAGAGAGUGAAGAGGACGAGAGGGAGGAGGGAGAGGUGGAGGAGGAAGAAGGGGAGGGGGUUGAUGGGUUGAGAGGGGUGGAGAAGGAGGAGGUAGGAAAGGAGGAAGAAGAGGAGGAGAAUGAGGAUGAUGAGGAAGAAGAGAGGGAAGAGGAGGAGGAGGAGGAGGAGGAGGAGGAGGAGGAGGAGGAGGAGGAGGAGGAGGAGGAGGAGGAGGAGGAGGAGGAGGAGGAGGAGGAGGAGGAGGAGGAGGAGGAGGAGGAGGAGGAAGAGGAGGAGGAGGCAGGUGAGAUGGAUGAGGAGGAGGAGAUGGCAAUGCUGGCUGCGAUGCUGGCCCGACAGAAGAUGGCUGAAAAGAAAAAGAGGAACGAGAAGGCGAAGAAGAAAGCAGAGCAGGAGGAGGAAAGUGAAGAGGAAGAGGAGCAAGAGGAGGAGGCAGCGGCAUUGGCAGCAGAGGGUGAGAGCGGGGACACGUCCGCAGCGACUGAUGCAGAGGCAAGAGAGAUGCAGCAGAGUGACGGCGAUGCUCCCAUGCCUGCUGCUGCACCCUCUGCUGCCCCUGCUGCUGCACCCUCUGCUGCCCCUGCUGCUGCAUGUGGCUUGCAUGAGGCGGCGGAUGGGGUGGCAGCAGAGAGAGACGGGCAGGGGGUAGCAGCAGGUGACAAUAGUGAAGGUGACAGCAAGGAGGGUGGUGGGAAGGAGGGGAGGGAGAGUGAGGGAGCAGCGGGGGGAGGCGGGGAGGGGGAGGAUGAGGAGGAGGGGGUUACAAAGGGGAAGGGGAAGAAGGGGAGGCGGAGGGCAGCAAAGGGUGCGGGGGGAAAGGGCGGAGUUUCAGGGGGGAAUGGGGGAGUGGGGGAGGCAAGCGGGCCGAAAGCCACCCUUGGUGGUGGGGAAGGGGGCGGCAGUGGUGGCAUGGUGGACGGCUGGGGAGAGAAAGGGGGGAGGGGUGGGAGGGGCGGCAAGAAGGACAGAAAAAAGGGGAAGAACGCAGAGGUGGGUUGGAGGCAUGAUGUUUCGUGGGGCUGUCUGUAG